AUGUCUCUGCUACCUUUUGUUCUUGGCUACGAGCGCCCUCGCCACAUGCACUCACACCACUACUGGCCAAGCCGCCUCCUCGACCAGGACUUCGGGCUGGCCCUGACUCCUGACGAUCUCCUCACGGCUGUCGCAGCUCCCAUGCUCUCCGAGGACUACUACCGACCAUGGCGACAACUGGCAUCUCUGAACCGCGACAUGGGAUCCAGCAUCAAGAGCGACAAGGAUAAAUUCCAAGUCAACCUGGAUGUACAGCACUUCGCACCUGAAGAGAUAUCUGUGAAGACUGCUGACGGCUUUAUUGUGGUGGAGGGCAAACACGAGGAGAAGAAGGAUGACCAUGGCUACAUCAGUCGGCAGUUCGUGAGGAGGUACGCUUUGCCUGAGGGUACGGAGCCUGAGACGGUGGAGUCUCGCCUGUCUUCGGACGGCGUGCUGACCAUCACAGCGCCCAGGAAGGUCCCUGAAGCCAUCAAGGGAGAGAGGAAGGUGCCUAUUUCACAGACUGGUCCCGUCCGCAAGGAGAUCAAGGACCAGGCCAGCAGCAGCAACGGAGUGGCUGAGAAGUAA